CACCAUCUGCUCGCUAUGCCGCCUCCUGCUCCUCCCGCCGCCUGCGCAGCUCGGGCCGCUCGGCUCCCCGCGCUCGCCACCGGUAUUUGGCAUUUGUACAACAUGGCAGACAUCGACGACAAAGAACAGUCUGAACUUGAUCAAGAUUUGGAUGAUGUUGAAGAAGUAGAAGAAGAAGAAACUGGUGAAGAAACAAAAAUCAAAGCGCGUCAGCUGACUGUUCAGAUGAUGCAAAAUCCUCAGAUGCUUGCAGCCCUUCAAGAAAGACUUGAUGGUCUGGUAGAAACACGAACAGGAUACAUUGAAAGCUUGCCUAGGGUAGUUAAAAGACGAGUGAAUGCUCUCAAAAACCUUCAAGUUAAAUGUGCACAGAUAGAAGCCAAAUUCUAUGAGGAAGUUCACGAUCUUAGAAGAAAGUAUGCUGUUCUUUAUCAGCCUCUGUUUGAUAAGCGAUUUGAGAUCAUUAAUGCCGUUUAUGAACCUACAGAAGAAGAGUGUGAAUGGAAACCAGAUGAGGAAGAUGAAAUUUCGGAGGAGCUAAAAGAAAAGGCCAAGAUUGAAGAUGAGAAAAAGGAUAAAGAAAAAGAAGAUCCCAAGGGAAUUCCUGAGUUUUGGUUGACCUUUUUUAAGAAUGUUGACUUCUUCAGUGAUAUGGUUCAAGGACAUGAUGAACCUAUUCUGAAGCACUUGAAAGAUAUUAAAGUGAAGUUCUCAGAUGCUGGUCAACCUAUGAGUUUUGUCUUAGAAUUUCACUUUGAACCCAAUGAAUAUUUCACAAAUGAAGUGUUGACAAAGACAUAUAGGAUGAGGUCAGAACCAGAUGAUUCUGAUCCCUUUUCUUUUGAUGGACCAGAAAUUAUGGGUUGUACAGGGUGCCAGAUAGAUUGGAAAAAAGGGAAGAAUGUCACUUUGAAAACGAUUAAGAAGAAGCAGAAACACAAGGGACAUGGGACAGUUCGUACUGUGACCAAAACAGUUUCUAAUGACUCUUUCUUUAAUUUUUUUGCCCCUCCUGAAGUUCCUGAGAGUGGAGAUCUGGAUGAUGAUUCUGAAGCUAUCCUCGCUGCAGACUUUGAAAUUGGUCACUUUUUACGUGAGCGUAUAAUGCCAAGAUCAGUGUUAUACUUUACUGGAGAAGCUAUUGAAGAUGAUGACGAUGAUUAUGAUGAAGAAGGUGAAGAAGCGGAUGAGGAAGGGGAAGAAGAAGGAGAUGAGGAAAAUGAUCCAGACUAUGACCCAAAGAAGGAUCAAAACCCAGCAGAGCGCAAGCAGCAGUGAAGCAGGAUGUAUGAGGCCUGAGGAUAACCUGCACUGAUCUACCUUCUGCUUCCAUGGAAAAGAUGAAUUUACAUCAUUUGACAAGCCUAUUUCAAGUUUUUUGUUGUUUGUUUGUUUGCUCAUUUUUGUUUUUGCAUCCUAAAAUAAAAUGUAAUAUAAUUAAAAAAUAAUAAUAAUAAAUCAUGUUGACAAAGAAGAAUGGAAAAUUUAUAUAUGCACACUUUCCCUUGUUAAUGAGUAGGCUAUGUAUGAAAAAAUCUAGGUGUUAAUUCUUUCGAAAUGAUAAUAGUUGUUAGACUAUGGGAUUGUGGGUGACUGUGUUUUCAUGUUUCUGGUUUCUAUUUAAUGUGGUUGUAUUGCUUUUACAAUGACAAAGAUAAAAUUAUAAGUAAAGACAAACAAAUAAAUAAGUAAUCAUUAUAUUUA